CACAGGCGCGCGCGUUAAUCAAGUGUGUGGAGGAUGCGCCCUGUGUCACGGGUUAAAACGCUUACAAUCGUGUUUAGCGUUGGUAUGAAAGCUUCUGCUGCGUGUCAAGGGUUUGGUAGAGAUCGUCUUAAGUUCAUGUUUAAAUAAAUCGAAGCGUGACUUAUUCGAAGGACGCCAAACAUCUCCCUUUAACAACUCCUGGUAUGGAAUCGAGUUUAAAAUCCUCUGGACAAGCGAACAUUCGGGCCUUCACCGGUGGACAAACGUCGUACUUCUACUGCAAAUCUACUUUGACGUAAGACGCCACGGAUCCAAGUGAACGCCUUUAAGCCUUGUAAAGAUGUAUCGCGCCUUUUGGGAUAAAAUAUUUCUCCUUAGUGGGUAUUUAUAUACAUACAGCCUAGUGCAGGAAAAUGCUACUUCAGCAACAACCACCAUGGCGAUAAAUCCCACCACAAACACCACGAUCGAUGCCACCAACACAACAGCAGUGUCAACUACUACUGUUAAAAGAAAUUUUUUAGCAGCAGCAGUCCACUCUCACUUUGCAGAUUGUCCUGACUCCCACAACCAUUUCUGUUUCCAUGGCACAUGCCGCUUUCUCAUCCUGGAGGAGACCCCAGCAUGUGUGUGCCACCCAGGCUUCAUAGGUAUGCGUUGUGAGCAUGCAGACCUGCUUGCAGUGGUGGCGACCAACCAAAGACAGCAGACGUUGUCCACCAUAUUGAUGCUGGGAAUAUUGGGCGGUGUCCUGCUUGUACUGCUUGGCACCAUAAUAAACUGUUGGUGGAGGCGGGGCAGAUGUAGACAAGGACCUCCGCUUUCCUGUUUUUCCAAAAAAAACAGUGGUAUCAUAAAGGAUGGGAUGUCCUGCACUCAUGCAGAGAUGGUGGUUUGAAACAGGUACACUGUAGUGCUCUUGGUGUGGCAGUUGUUCUCCAUUUUGCCACCUAAAGCCCCAUGGACUAUCACUGGAUUGACAGUCAGGAUACUUCAAACCAAACCAGACGUGGAUUUCAGAAUGUAUACACAGUGGAAGUAAACCAUUAUUAUUUGUGAAAUACAAAUCUAAAAUGAUGGAAGGUUUACUUCCCAUUUGUGGUAAUUUCCCAACACAGAUAUUGAUCUCUUGGACUCUAGACUUUUACAGUAUUGUGUUGGAACAUAUUACAGGCCUGAAGAUCCAGUCAGAUAUCUUUUGUGAAGAACCUGGAGUGAAUGAGUAACGGACUAGCGCUUAAGGCCUGCUCAUCUGGAUGUGAAAAGUAAGAAUGAGAUUCAGAACUUUUGAUGUUCCUAGGUUUCUUGGACAGUCUUAAGACACUAAGAAAUAUGUUCAUCUAGACAUGAGAGGUAGACGCCAUAAUAAGAGGAUAAUAAGAGAAAUGGUUUCAUUUUUCAAAUCACAAAACGCUUGGAAAAAACAAGAUGUUCUCGGCGUGUGACACCACAAGAUACAGUACUUGUCAAAAGGUCAGAUGCAUUCAUUUGUAGAAAGAUUUUUCGAUCCUUUUUUUUGACUUAAAAAGGAUCGAAAAACAAAUCCAAACUAAAGUAGAACAUAAAAUUCUGCAGGAAUCAACAUGUUACCAAAUGUAAAAGUAUAUUAUUAUAAUAAUUAACAAGCUUAAUGAGAAAUCUGUGAAGAUUUGAGAGAUUACUUUCUAAGCGUUCCCAGGCACAUUGAAUAUUUACUGGCUGUAAUUUAUACAUUUUAAGUGAAAACUAUUUAUUUUUGCAACAGUUUAGCAAAAGAUAUCUAAAGAUUAUCAAAAAGAGUUAACUAUGUACAAUUGUUUGGUGUGUGGUGUCAUGUAGUUUUAAGUAUUUUUUACGUGUUUAGGAGGGUCACACACAUUUUUUUUGUAACAAUGAAAGAAUAAUCUUGGAUAUCUAUAUUAAAUUAAGCAAAUGCACAAAAAAAUUUACAGUAUAGUUCAAGUAUUAAUGUAUUCAAUUAUUAAAUUUAAGAAUUACCAGUCAGUUGCAGGCUUCUGAGGAAAACACUUGGGUCUUGGAUUCCUCUGGGUAUUUUACACUUACAUUCUGUGAUUAUUGCACUUGAGAUAUUAUUAUACAAAGAUGUAACGACAUAAGUCUACAUGCUCGCCUCACACACCCAUGAGUUGAGCUUUCUCCUGCUUCAGUUCUUGAAGGUGGAGAGGUCCCUGUAACAAGGUUUUUGACACUGUAUAACUUCUAAAAUCAGAAUCAAAACAUGUAUGGUUUUGGCAAAAAAUUUCAUUAAUGAUUGAACAUUCGGGUGUGCACAGGUGUGUUUUUACAUUCACUUUACACUGUUGCACUGCAGUCAUGUGAUGGACAAACACUUUGAUAAGUCUGCACUCUGAUGGUAAUAGUAAAAUAAGCACCAGAUCUUUUCUGAAAAACAACAUCUGAAAUGUGCUAUACAAGCCCUGUGCUUAUGUUUACAUUCAAGAGUGUGUGUAAAUAUAAUUGCGAUAAAUCCACUAAAUUCACAAAGCACUAUGCACAUGUUCGUGUCUAUGUACAGUCCACACACAUGCUCACACUCAACUCUGUAUACAUAUAUAGACAGCCGUGAUGGCUUUGUUUCUAAUUGAAAGCUUGUUACUGUUUAUUGCAUACAUAUAUUUUCAGAAAAUUUUAGACUCUGAGUUUUAGAAAGUUUUAAACCUUGUUUAACAUUUGUUUAUGUGGUCUUAUUGAUCCUCAAGCCUUUUUUCAUUGCUUAUAUGGAAAUGUAUGGUAACUAGGAGCAUCCAUAUAUAGGUAAUACUGUGUGGAGUUUUAUUCAGUCAUCAGCUUUUGCCGAACCUUAAAACUGUCCACUUGAAUAGCUCCAGACAAUCUGUUUAUGCUCAAGAUUUACAUCAUUUUAAAUCAACUGCACUAGAUUUGCAUUAGUGUUAUGGUAAUACUAGUUCACAGUUUUAGGGAAAAAUUAAGACUCCAUUUAGAAGACUGGGGGAGAUUGUGUUGCUUGCAUUGAGCACUUUAUAGAAAGAAUCUCGCAAAAAAACAACAACUGCGAUUGCACUGGUAAAUCCCUUGACCUGACUUGAUUUAUUAACUGGGGUUUAAAAAAAACUAAUUUAAAGCAGUAAGUAAAAUAAAUAAAUGUAUAUUUAAUCACAUGCAAAUACUGGAUUGGAUGUGGGUAUAUAAUGAAAAUGUGGUUGUAAGCGAAUGUAUCCUUAUUGUACUGGUAUGAUGUAUCUCAUCUUGCCCGUUCCGUGACCGAAACCUUUUUGAUCACAUAAAUCUAUGUAUGUAUUAUUUUGUCACAUUUAUUUUUGGUAUUUCUGAUAUUUAAAAAAAUAACCCAAAUUAAUAAAACUGUACUCUCAAUGUUGCAUUUAUAUCAUUUA